AAAAUAUAAUUAUACAUCAAAGCUUCGAUUUUUUGGUUACUGCUGUUUUAAAGAUUCGUGCACAUUUAGAUUUCACUGAAAGAAAAAACAAGUAAAAUAACAAGAAAUUAAAAAAAAUGCAAGAAGAAAGAUCGGAAGUCUAAACAUGUGUUCAAUUAACAGUAUAAUUCACAAACCAUGGCAGUAUACACCGAUAUGGCGGCCUUGUACAACACAUACAAUGACAUGCAUACUGGCAUGAACGGCGAUCUACGUCAUUUAAACAACACAACAGACUCAACUGAAAACGGCAAAACAUCAUUAAUCGCACGAGCAAACAAAGAGGACGCAAAAGUGUUAUUCCAGAUAUCAUAUUUAUUGGACAAGAAAAAACAGCAAAAGAAUAAAAAGAAUGUGGACUCACAGUCUACAGACGUUAAAACCGGAUACGUAACAAAACACUGCGAUCCAGAUAUUAUGGCUUACGGUACAAGUAGUGUAUCGCACACGAAUUAUACACAUACGCAAGUCAAUAUCAAUGAAGAUACUUAUAAUAAUGUUAAUAAACCAGAGGAUAAUCAAUAUGAACCAUUCCCUGUUCCCCUGCAAGAACCUCCACGUAAUAAGUCUGAAGAAAGAGCGCUCAAAAGAAUACGAAGAAAAAUCAAAAAUAAACUUUCAGCUCAAGAAAGUCGUCGAAAGAAAAAAGAAUACUUAGAAAAUUUAGAAAAAACAGUUGUUUCCUGUACAUCAGAAAAUGGCGUGCUAAAGGAGCAAGUGUCAUCGCUCAACCAUACUGUCAGGUAAACCUUAUAGGCAUAAUAUACAUAAUACAGCUAG